UCCCCAGCUCGGCAAAAAAGCAGCUCAAAAGUGCUUUUUUUCUCAGCAAGUCUGAACCAGUCAGCCUGGUGCCUCCUCCCUCCGGCUCACACCCUCCCUCCCAGUGCUCCGGAGGAAUAUCCCAGCCUGCUCCAAGGUGCAGCUGGGCACCCAGGGCAGAGCCGUGUCUGCACCCACUGGGCUGGGAGAGGAGAGGGGCUAGCAAGUUUGCAGGGCCUCUUGCGGGCAGGGUGACAGUGCAGGCAACGCUGGCUCCCACACUCCCGCUUGCUUGUGCUGCUCCAGCAGUUGGAGUGCCGGGGAUGGGGUCCCCGCACUGGAAACGGCUCUGCCUUUUGUUCCUGGCAGGUUUAACAUCCUCCCUGCUUCUCUACGGUCACUACUACACUACGGUGGAGUCGCCCACCAGCCAGAGGAUCAUAGCCAGCCUGCUGCAGCCUGAGCUGCUGGUCCUGGCUCCACCGAGGACAUCGCACCGAACUGGCAGCCGCACAGGGACCCUUGAAGGUAGCUCAGAGAGUGUGAAGUCCUCCAAGCCAUCCACCGAGCUGAAGGAGCCCAAGCCCCGCAGAAAGCAGGUACACCAUGCCUUCGCUUCAGUGAUGGCCAGAGCUAAGGCAGACCCCAAGUUUGGGAAGAUUUUCCGCUUCAACACUCCCGGUUGCUCGAUGUGGGACCAGCAUUUCACCCCAGAGACCUGGGAGAGACUGAAGACACGACAUGUCCCCUACGGUUGGCAAGGCUUACCCUACAGAGUGGUGGGCAGCACCCUCCAGCAACUCAACACCUCGGCCAACAGGCACCUCUUCAACAAGGACGCCUUCCCCAGAGGCUGCAUCCGCUGUGCCGUGGUGGGCAACGGUGGCAUCCUCAAUGGCUCCCGGCAGGGCAAGGCGAUUGAUGAGCAUGAUCUGGUCUUCAGGAUCAACGGUGCCGUGAUCAAAGGCUUCGAGGAGGAUGUUGGGACUAAGAUUUCCUUCUAUGGCUUCACAGUGAACACCAUGAAGAACUCUCUCAUCGCCUACGAGGAGUACGGCUUCACCCAGAUACCCCAGGGCAAGGACCUGAGGUACAUCUUCAUCCCCUCGGAUGCCCGUGACUACAUCAUGCUGAAGGCAGCCAUCCAAGGCAGCCCAGUCCCAGAGGGCUCGGACAAGGGGGACAAGCCGCAGAAGUAUUUUGGACCAGAGGCAUCUGCAGAGAAGUUCAAGCUGCUGCAUCCUGAUUUCUUGCAGUACCUUACAGCGAGGUUCCUGCGGUCGGCGCUCCUGAACACUCAGUACGGCUCUCUCUACAUGCCCAGCACUGGCGCCCUCAUGCUCCUCACCGCACUCCACACCUGCGACCAGGUCAGUGCCUAUGGGUUCAUCACUUCCAACUACGAGCAGUUCUCAGACCACUACUACGAGCUGGAGAAGAAGCCGCUGGUGUUCUACGCCAACCACGACAUGAUGCUGGAGGCAAUGCUGUGGAGGAGCCUGCACCGAGCAGGGAUCAUGAGCCUCUACCAGCGGUGAGGCCAGGCCAUCGCCCACGGGGGCAAAUCCAAGGACUUCAAUGGCUCUUCUGCUGUUUUCUGAAGGCCACCUUCUCCCUCCUGAGGGCUCUCCCCAGCUGGGCAGCCAGCCCAAGGACCAGACCCACUGCACCGCAGCUGGCGGUGAUGGGAUGGUGAGGGGCAAGCUGAAGCUGGCAGAGAAAUACUGCAUUUCCUCAGGGAUCUCUGGCAAUGUUUCGUGGCUCAGUGUGAUUGAACAUGGCCCUUGCAGCACCAAGAAGCACCAUGGCAUGUGGCUGUGACCUUCAGCCCCACAAACGCGGUUGUGGGGCAGCAGUGGCCCCUGUGAAGCACAGGAGGGGCAGGGUGGUGCUGGAAGAGGAUGCUGGAGAUGCAUAUGCAUGGCAGCCUCUGGGCGGAUAACACCCUUCAGCUUUCCAUCGGGCUCCAGCUCAAAUGCUCAUCACUGUGGUGGGACCACAACAGGCUGAUGAAUCCUUGGACAGGAGACUAGAACAUCCAUCUGAGAGGAAGGUGGUAUGUUUGGAGAACACCUCUCUCUGGGACUGCAGAAAGCCCAGACUCCAGCUGGCUCUGGGUUGACACGUGCUGCUUUUGAGAAGGAUGUGCUACCACUGCCCCUUCUCUAGGCUGCUGUGUUUGCUAAUAAGGAAGGAUCUUAAAAGCCGUGGGGCUAAGAGUAGGGUUACUGAGCUCAGCUGGGACAUCAGAAACAUGGUCUGCCUCUGAGCAUCCUGGAGAGGAGCCUACAGCCAUGUGCACGUGGGCUUUGGCAGCUUCUUCUUGCACAGACCCCACGUGGAGGCCUCUGAGCAGGAAGCCCUGUUGCCCGGGGGUUACGGAUCCUGCUGCCUCGGUGAGUUUCCCCAAACCCCCAAGGGAGAGGUGAAGGCCUUGAACGUGUCAGCCCCGCUGGGGAGGCCGCUCCAGCUGGUGGGCAGGAGGGUUGACUGGGAGCAGAGGGAGCAGCGUAAUCCGAGACAUUUUCCCACUUUGUGUAAUUACAUAAAUGUUGAAUGAUUUUCUUUUAUGCCUGUUUCUGUUGUUUUGACAAACAGGGUGGGUGAGACCCCCCACUCCUGGGAGCAGAGCAAGCCUGUGACAGCAGGGAUGGGAGCGGGACAGGAGCAAGCAGCUCCCAGCUCAGCCUUUUGCCACUUGGGAUGGUGUUUGCUGUACAUCAGCUGGGGAGGAACUGCAGAGAGGGGAGGAGAUAGUACAGUCCUGAGCCAGGGAACCUCAAAGCUCCCUCAAGGUCACAACAGGCUGCUUCCAGCCAUUCGAAUGAGUGUUAUGGAGGGUCAGUCUAGGAGCCUCAGGUGUUACCUCCAGCCUGGAGCCCAUCAGGUGCUCCCAUGUCUCAAAUUAACCUUUGCUCACAUCAGAGCCAUCUUACAGUGGUACCAAGACAGCCUGUUAGCCCUGUUUUCAUUUACAAGCACUCAGCAAAACAUCUUUCAUGGGAAGAACGAGCCAGAUCCUUUUCACCUGACUAAGACAGCAGCAACAAGUCCUCAAACCCACCCUGGCCAAGCCUCAGCACAGCCCAUGCAGGCACCUUUGAACCUGGCAAUCAGCACCUUGAUUCACAGGGCACAACCAACAGGUCUG